GUUGUGCCACCCAUCGACACGAUGGCAAGAUGACGCCAUUCGCGCGCAACGCGAAGUCCAUCCUGCGCUCCGAGCGUGUCCCCUCAACGAACCCACCGCAGCUUCGUAGCAGGCAUGCCGCUGUAUUUCGAGGGGAAGCCCUCGUCGUUCCAUCGCCCUUCAAUGUUGAUUCGAUGGCGCUGUACUUGCAACUAGGGACCGCCUUUCUUCCGCCAGCUCCGUCGCUGAACCCUGGCCUGCAAUACCUCAAGUCUGUUCUGUACAAGGAUUCGACAGUCGAAGGGUCGCACGUGAUGCGGGAACAUCUUGCAGCGGUCGAAGCAUCGCAGGCGGCCGAGACGCUGGCUCGAAAAGUCAAGCGAGAAGGCAUGGAGCUGUUUCGAAUGGCGGAGGAGGAUGCAACCAGUUCCGCCUUCAAUUACCAAGACCGAAUCCGCGCAGCCGCGGCGCUGGAACAGUAUUUACAGGAGCAAAAGGCGAAAUACUUCGACUGGACGCAUCAGCAGAAGGUUCGCCUCGUUCGUGACCUCGAAAGCCUCCAUGACGUGGCUGCCCACCAAGCCAAGGUGCACUGGACAUGCGUGCAUUGCGGCACCCUGAAUCAGCGCUACAUGUAUGCUUGCGAAUUCUGUGGCGAGAGCAGCCGCAUGCAAGAUCCAGUAGUAGGUCUUUGGGAGGUCACCCGGCUUGGCUCGUCUGGGAUCUUCACAGUGGGCCGCUACCGCAUCGCACGCACGGGAGCUGCGUUUAUCUUGCAUGAAGAGCCGUCGAGAUCGUGGUGCAGCGCCGCAUUAGACCGCGAAGCGUCCACGAAAAGAAGUCGACCUGUGGUGUGCACGAUGCUCGGCAAAAUAGUCGAGGGUCGAGUUGAUCCGAUUCCAGGAAACUCGUGUAGCAACGGAAGAGAGCAGCCGCUUCAGCUCGUGUGGUCGGAUGGCAUGCUGUGGCACAAAAUUUAUGCCAGCGCGCCACGUCCGUCCGUGUCAGCAGUGAAGAUGAUGGCAAGUUCGAAGACUCCAAAGCGGGUGCCCACUGCCACGCGAGAAACUCCCAGGGCUAUUGCAAAGCAAGUGCAGUCCAUUGGCGCUUGUAGCUGGUCGAUCGACGACAUCAUCAUCCGCAUGCGGCAAAAUCGUAGCGCCGACGUUCAAAUCAUUGGCUUUUUGGCUUUGCGAAAGGUCGUGGCAUCCUCUGGUACCAAUUGCGUGUCGGCGAUGGCAUAGUCCAUUGGACAGGUGUAGGUCAUGAAAGUUGGGUGAAGUGUGAAGGCCAUUGUCAGCUUCUUGUGGAGCGCAUUGCUGUAGCGCUAGCUGCCUACCCUGCAAAUCCGUCGGUAGUGUAUGCCGCCAUGUCUCUCGCCCACUCGAUCGUGGAAUCAACGGUCGACGAAGCUGUUGUCACUUGCGUCGCGCAGCUCCGACUCCUCCUGCACCACUGUACAAACGUCGCCACGUCCAAGGCUGUUCGCGUUAUGGGGCAGCUCACUAUCGCUCAACUGCACGCAAGAGGCGUCACCGACGCUUCGCCACCAUUGCA